AUGCGUUCUAAGUCUGAGGUAUUCUCUUUAUAUCGCGCACUCAUCCGUGCCGGAGAUGCAUCGGUACUGCAUUCUAGACCGGCUGUGUAUGACGUAAGAAGGCGUCUCCGCCAGGCAUUUAAUGAAUACCGUUACGUAGAUGACGAGAAAGAACAAGACGAUUUGUUUGAACGAGGAGAAAACAUGAAAAGGCUUUUCAAAAUUGCGGCUCGACGCGGUGGACCUGAGCACAAAAGUAUAGUUAAUCUCUGCGAAAUGGCAUUUUUUGACAAAUUAUACGCAAGACGGUAG